AUGGCUCGUUUCCGUGCAUUCUCCAGUGACGACGACUCCAGCAGCGACGAUGAACCUACGACAGUCCCAAUAAUUGAGCCCUCGGCCGUCCAUUCCGAUGACGACAUGGAUGAUGAGGAAGAAGAAGAAGAAGAGCAAGAGGAUGAGGACGAAGAUGAUGACGAUGACGCUGAAUCGACGAGCUCUAGCUCUUCGGAGAUGCGAGAGGAGGACCUCAUUGCGCCACGGCGACGGAAGGAGGCGCUAGUUGAAGAUGAGGAUGGCGAAUACCAAGAAGUCAGAGAUGACCGCCCGCCACUACCACCGGCAUCGUCAAGAUUAGGCUUCGACGCGCAACGGAUGCACGUUAUGCAAACAUCUUUUUUCCGGAUGCCAGAAGAAGCAGAAAAUAUUCGUGCAAUGAUGCAGGACGUGCCACAGCCGACACUACGCGUACAAAACACCCUGAACAGGAAACAUAGCCGUGAUUCAGAUGGUGACGGGCUAAGGUUCGAGUCUAGAGAGCGCACCUCUUUUGCGCACAACAUAGAACCACCCGCUUAUCGUCCAUCACGAAAAUAUGCAAGAGUCGAGAGUUCAGUGUCUGUCUUUGGUGGCCAUGAAGACGCAUCAGUAGACGCAGGACUAGCAUUUGGGCGCUCGUUUCGGGUGGGCUGGGGUCCUGGUGGCACAUUGGUUCAUCUAGGCAGCCUCACCGCACCGGCUUCUACGGCAAAAUCUCCUUUGAAUUCCUCCAUAAUACAUAAAACUCGAGUUCCCUUGUUUUCCAAACCUGCUUCUCCGCACUCCCUAUCUUCCCAAGACCUUACCACCAAGCUCUUGCAGCAUCAUCUGUCUCAUUCACCUAUAACCCCAGAUGAUGCUGGCAUACCCUUUGCUGACCCUACAUCCCCGAAUCUACAUUUCGCCUCAUUUGCGUCUCUUUUUCCCACGACAGACCAUUCCUACGAGGCUACGCUUUUCCGGCUAGGCCAAGCUCUCUUUGAUCCCCUAGACCUACGCCUUGGCCCUGAUAUUACCGUCGAUGUCAAAAACUGUGUUUCGGGGCUGGCACGGAAAACUGCGCUAACUACAUGGCUGGAGCACACUGUAGCACCUACAGUCGAUGCUGCACUACGCGUUCCUGGAACAAGUGCUACCGCACGUGUGUGGACACUCUUGACGGGAAACCAAGUCGAAAAAGCGUGCGAGGCGGCAAUGGACGCUGGUUAUGUCAAGCUUGCGACCCUCAUAUCGCAGGCUGGCGGAGAGUUUGACUUCCGCGAGGAUGUGAAAGAGCAGAUAGAGCUGUGGCGGAACGAGCACGUUGAUGUACAUAUCGACGAAUAUGUCAAGCGAGUGUAUGGUUUGCUCGCCGGGUUAGCAGAUACGAAGGAUUUGGACUGGAAACGCGUCUUUGGGAUGCAUCUGUGGUUCAACGAACCGAUCGAUGCACCCAUUGGGGAGCUAUUCCGGGCGUUUGAGCGUUCUGUUGCAUCUCUGUCAGCGACCAAGGAUGGCCGUCCCGAUGGGCUAUUCUCGAUCCUGAGACUAUUCGCAGACCCAGCAUGUUCAUUGACGCGGGUAUUGGAUCCAGCGUCAUUUGGGUCUUCGCGGAUCGAUUACACGCUGCCCUGGCAUUUGUAUAUCAUCUUGUCACGGUGUAUGCGUGUGCGAGAUUUUUCAGAUCGUGGCGAUCCCGGUGGUCACCACCGAAAUGACGAAGAUAUGGAGAGCGAGGAGGAGAACCAUAUAGAUGGACACAGUCCUACAGCCGAUCUAAUGACGAGCAUGUAUGCGGGUCAGCUCGAGCAGCUGGGGCUUGUACAGGAAGCGGCGUUUGUUUUAUUGUACAUCGAAGGGUCUGUCGGCCGGGAAAAGGCCAUCAAAGACCUAUUGGCACGGUCCGCUCACUUACUAGAUGACUGGAUGAUCCGUGGCUUGGUGGGGAGUUUGAAACUGCCCAUGGCCUGGGUACAGGAAGCGCAGGCAAUUUACGCCCUCUAUCAAAACUCGCCCUUCGAGGCCUUUGAACUAUAUCUUUCAGCUAGGCUGUACAACCCAGCACACGACAUUGCUGUGGCGGAGCUUGCCCCCGAGGCUGUUUUGCGGAAAGACUUGGAGCUUCUCAAGACCAUAUUUGGGCGGUUCCGGGGCCAUGCCGUCGAUGGCUGGAGUAUUAGGGGAAAGCUAUUUGUCGACUAUGCAAACGUGCUUACACGAUUACCUGAGCUGUAUGACGAUGAAAACACGAGCGCGGAGAAAAUGGAGGAGAUCGAGACAUUGACGCGUACAGGAGCGAGGCUAGUUGGCCUUCUACCGGAUGUGAUGGACGGACGGAACAAGGAGGCAUUGUCAAUAAUGCUGGAUGCACUGGUGAAGAUGGUGGAUAGGGAGAAACCAGGUGCACUGACUCAGCUCCACCAUAUCGAUGGGACGACACGGAUCCAGCAUAUACGCGCAACGGGUGUGAAAAGGUUUUUGAAGAGUAUACAAGUUAAUUAG